AUGUCCACUGCGGCGCAGUUGCGCGGAACACUGGCACCCCUUCCAGAUAAUCAUCGCAGUGGGCUGAUUAUCUUGACCGCAGUCUCCUUCUUGUCAUUCCUGGCGACACUAGUAUUGUGGCUCUUCAUCACUUACAAGCUCGUCAAGGAAAUCUUCGAGGAGAAGGAGGCCAAGAAGAAAAAGUCGAUACCACGGCAACAUAAUGCGAAUGCGAUCUUCGUCGGAGGCACCCCGGACCUCACUCUCGGGCUCGACGCCCCGGCCUCCGGAGCGACCGGAUUCGCCCGUCUCCAGGAACUCGACAGGCUAGCGGCCGAACAAGGACAACGGGCUAUCGAUGAAGCGGCGCGAGAACAGGAGGAAGAGGUCCAGGCCCGGAAUCCCUUUCCGAUUCUGGUCUACAAUUUGCUGCUGGCGGAUAUGAUGGAAGCGCUGGCUUAUGGGCUGAGUUUCUACUGGGUAUAUGCAGAUGGGAUAUAUGCCCCUUCGUCUGUCUGUUGGGCUCAAGGAUGGCUAGGGUCUACGAGCAAUCUCGCUGCAAGUUUGUUCUUGUCGGUCAUUGCUAUUAAUACCUUUCUUACGGUCGGUCUUGGGUAUAAGGUCCCACCCUGGGCGGUUUACACGGCGAUAGCUGUCCUGUGGACGUUCGAUUUUGGGGUAAAUGGGGCGGGUGUGGGAGUGACGUCGCCCUCCGCUCCUCCUGGAGAGUCCUUCUUCAUGAGAGCUAACGUGUGGUAA